AUCUUAUCGAUUUUCUUCAAUUUAGUUUUUGGUCGAAUUGUGUGGACGUCGCCGGCUAUAAUUUUGUUUACUCAGGAGUAAAAGUGGUAUUUCGAGAGCGAACUAAUUCUAACAUCGUAAGUCGUCAUGAAGUUGGUUUGGCAGUGUAUGUUUUCUCCUCGCCUUUACAAAGUAUACCGGGAUGGAGCAAAAGACACGAUGUACCAGCCUGUACGACUGGAGAAAUGGGGUGACAAAGUUGUGUCCACGGCCAACACUCUAUUGAAUAUAAGCCUGUACACAUCACCGUUCAUAUGUAUGUACAUAUACAAGCGAGGGUUCUUUACGAUGGACGAGAUGAAGUCACUUGGACGUCUUGUCAGUGGCCUUACUUGUCUCCUGGCCUUCUCCCUCUUUCUGCGAGGAUGUGGAAGAUCGUCCAGUACUAAAUAUGUUCAGUUUGUGAAUGCACUCACAAGCCCGAUGACUGACAAGAAGGCAUAUUUGAAUGAAUUGAGGAAGUAUGACUUUGAAGCAAGUGCUUGGCCCACUACUUACAGUGUUGCAACCAGAGAAAGGUCAUCAUGGAUGGACCGCCUCCCGUUCAAGAUGUGCGCCAACCCCGAUCUGCCGAUUUACAAGCGGUUGCCGAUCCAGCUCCUAGCCUUCAUAGCCACGCAUACAUUCGGCCUGAGACUUAUCUACCCUGGAUCAUUGAGCGUUGUCCAUACUCUGCUGUGGGGUGCACUGUUCCAAGGAAGAACUAUACUGGUUGAGGACCACGACGGGCAGCGUGCUAAAGUAGGAACAGCCGAUGGAAACGCCAUAGACACUAUGUUUGUAGACAACCGAGCUCAUUCUCCUCGAGGCAGAAUAUUGGUGAUUUGCUGCGAAGGGAACUCUGGGUUCUAUGAAAUGGGGAUCGUGAACACGCCCAUCAGGGCCGGAUUCUCUGCACUGGGCUGGAAUCAUCCAGGAUUUGCUGGCAGCACUGGGCUUCCGUUCCCGUCGCAAGAACAAAACGCCAUCGACGCGGUCAUGCAGUAUGCUAUUAACGAGCUGCGGUUCCGACCUGAUCAGAUAGUACUGUUUGGUUGGAGUAUUGGGGGUUACACUGCCACCUGGGCCGCUGUUAAUUAUCCCGUGGCUGCUCUGAUCCUGGACGCUACAUUUGACGAUCUGCUGCCGUUAGCUGAAAACCAGAUGCCAUCAUCCUGGUCUCUCCUCGUGAAAGAAGUGGUGCGGUCCUACGUGAACCUUAACAUUUCUGAAAUGAUGGACAAAUACGUUGGCCCCUUUAAACUCAUCAGAAGGACUGAAGACGAGAUUAUUAGCUUGCGACAAGGUCUCCUGGCAACGAACCGAGGCAACCAUCUGGUUUUGAAACUCAUCUCCCAAAGACACCCAAACGUUGUGGAGAACCCCUUUGCGAAGGUCGCUCUCUUGAAGCUGUUGUCUAUGGCGGAUCUGCAGCGAAGUGCCAUUGAUAUGACUAGGAUUGAGGAUUAUGAACGACCACUGUUACCAUUGAUUUCCAAAUAUCUCCACGACUACAAGUCUUCGCACUGCACUCCGCUUCCUGAGACUGAUUUUAUCACAAUAAUGGAACGGCUGACUGUCCUGAGGCAAGACUAAUGUCUCCCCUUACGAUUUUAUAUCGUACCCGCAGGUGUUAAAGGAAACACACCCAUCGUUCAUCAGAACACUCCCAGGGCACCACCCCUAAGCGUACUCAUUGAAAUCUGACUUUACAAAAUCCGUUCAGAAUUCUUGUGUUUUUUUUUUUCAUUAAAUAUUGGUGGUGACUUUAUUACUACUAACACGCAUUGCCAGUGAUAUUGCCUAACUAAAAGGCUUGUGUAACUACUCUAAACACAUUUAAAGCUGCAAUUCAAUUUUCUCAACGAAACUUCCGAGAUCAUCAUUCUAAAUGAAUUUUCAUUAAAUGUGUUUAGUGUUCGAGCCCUUAGUUAGUGUGAAUUAACGAGCUUCUGUGGUGAUAAUAUUCAAAAUUAUACUGUUAACUUUUAUAUAUCGUAUUUUGGAUGUCAAAAAUAAUGUAUCUAAUAAGUAGUCUAUCGUCGCGCUCAUAACCCAGUCAAAUAAGCACGAAGAAAAAUUUACUGGGCUGAAGUAAUGUAACCUAAAUGAUUGAAAAGACAAUCAUUUUUAAGUAAUUUGCAAGAAGUCCUCACUAAAUAUUCAAAUAUAAAGAUAGUGUGGUGCUUUGCAUGAAAAUUGCAUAAACAAACAUUACCUCCAUAUUUCCAAAAGAUUUGGACGGUACUUGAUGACGGAGACGGUAGAAAAUCAAGGGAACUUCAUAUCCAUCACCAUGUACUUUAUGACGACUAUGCUACUAUCUAGUCUUGAUAAAACAGAUGUUGUAUGUUCUGUGUUACCUCAUUUUACUAAUCAAUUUAUAUUGCAUUUCAAUAUUCACGUAGAUUUAUAUUCGACCCUACAAACAGAUUAAUGUCUAAAAGAUAUUAAAUCCUUUUGUCUAUCACGAUUUUUAAAAACUUCUACUUGCAAAGCUCUCAACGUCCCAACAGUGACAUCCCGGUACAAGGCGACAAGUAAACUAGGCCAAUAGUAGUUGUAAUUAUGUAAAAAAAAAAAAUAACUUUUUCGCCAGAACUGGUAAAGUCCUUUCCGUCAUUUACAGCGUUUUCGUUGAUUUUUGGGACACCCAACAUAAUGAAACAUAAUAUUUAAGAUGUCCAAUAUCAAUAUACCUUUUCUAUUAUAAAUAUGAACUAUGAACUCUAAUAAUAUUUAUCAAUAGAUACAUUAAAUGUUUGUAGCUGUAUAUUUAAUCCGAUAAUUAAGAUAGAUAUUAAUGACUUUUUGUUUGUCUGGAGGGCAAUUUUUAAUUAGUUAGAACAUUGGGUCAUAAAUUUAAUAAACGUAAUUUUUCCUUGGGCUUUCAUGCCUGAGACUGUCCAAUCCCCUGGAAAAAGUUUAUGUGGAACGAAUUAAAAAUGACUCUCAAUCCAGAUGAACAAAACAAUUUUGUAUCUUUUAUAAUUUGAAUAUAGUAUAAUAUUGUCAUACAGUUUAUCAAAAAAAUCAUGGCUUUUUUUUGGUAUGGCAUCUCGCAGUUCAGCCUAGGAGGCCGUGUACUGCUUAACCGGACUUUAAAAUCACCGCACUGCAUAUUGCGAAUAAAUAUUUUUCUCAUGCAUGUAAACACCGUCAUAAUCAUAACACA